AUGAACGAUGUCUUAAAAUCUCACAUGACAGACUUUACAAAAGAAAUAAACCGCAGUUUACGAGGAAUGUUGGAUGCUGAAAUGAAGACUAUUAAGGAUGAAUAUAAGGAGAUCAAGGAGUCUAUGGAGUUUAUAAACGGAACGUUUGAAAUGCUUCAAAUUGACCAUAAAGCAAACCAAGAAAAGAUAAAAAAAUUAGAGGAGAUAAACAAGCUAAUGCAGUCAACCAUCAAUAGUCUUCAAUCGUGCGUAAAUCAAUUGGAACAAAAUUCUCGCGCCAAUAAUAUUGAGAUACAAUGUAUGCCCGAAAGUAAAUCUGAGAAUUUAGUGACAUUGUUAAAAAAGUUGGGUAGUGUCAUUGAUUGUGAAGUAGCAGACGAACACACAGCUCUUGUUACAAGAAUAGCCAAGCUGCAACAAGAUAGUUUGCGUCCCCGAUCGAUAAUUGUGGAAUUCAAAGACAUAAAACUACGUGAUGCUUUCUUGGCAGCGAGUAUUAAUUUUAAUAAAAAACACCCAGACGAUAAAUUAAAUAGCGCACAUCUCGGACUGGUCGGCAAAAUGACACCCAUCUUUGUUGCUGAGCAUCUAUCUGUAACUAACAAAGUACUACAUGCAGCUGCAAGAAGAACAGUCAAGAAGAAAGGUUAUGGGCACAUUGCACCUAAGACGCAGACCGGAAAGGUUGUGACAAUCUUUUAUGCCAUCCUCGGCAUUCCGCUCAUGCUUCUCUGCCUGUCUAACAUUGGCGACGUCAUGGCUUCUUCCUUCAGAUUCUUAUACUGGCGGGUUUGCUGCUACGUCUGCACUCGACCACCGAAAAGAAGACACAGACAUCAUCACACUGCAAGGCGCUCAGUGCGCGCGAGUCGUCGGCGGCGGCCAGUAGAGCGCGCGCACUCCGACACUGAUUUUAAGUAUCGUGAUAGCGGCUAUAGCAGCGGCAAGAUCAAACGCACGCGACCUCCUUCGGCGACCCUGCCAUCACGGACACGCUCUCAGCCACCGCCGCUACGAUCUCAAGGUCGAGACUUGGAGGCAGGCGAACGAUCACCAGUGAGGUUUGAUAAAUAUUCCCGGGACAAAUAUGAAGAAGAAGAUGAAGAAUUUCCAAAAAUCUCGCUUCCACUACAAGACUUACAAGCAGCGUUAAAGGAUUUGGAUAAUCACCAGCUGAAGAUAAACUCAAAAUCAGAGCUGCGGAGCAAAUCUUUACCGAGGCCCGCGAAAUCAAAGCCAGAGUUCGGACCCAGAAGAGACUUCGAUGAGCAGCGUCAUUAUGAGUUGGAUGAUGGCAAUGAUAUUUAUGAAAUGCACGACCUUCAUGACGUUGACUAUGAAAACUUUAAAGAACGAAAGGCGUUGGAACAACGAGAACCAAGAAGAAUAGAAAGAGACGACUACAGUUACAGAGAUCGAGGCUAUGACCCGGAGGAUGAGGAUUAUGAAGAAAGUCCAAGGACCAGGAGAACAGGAUACAAUCAGAGAAUGGAUCGCGGCCGCUCUGAAUUCUACGAAAGGGACAUAGAAGACUACGAUUUAGACCGUCGACGCGGCCGCCGCGCGCGAAGUGCUAUGUACGACUGUGAAAGAAGGCAAGACAGUGGUCCCGAUCGGUGGGGAACUGACGAUCGUCUUGGAGUGGGGGACAGACACGGAAGGCCACGGCGCCUGCGCAGGCUCUACACUGUCGAUGACACCGAAAGACAACAUCACAGAUAUACACCGUCCCCGGAUAGAGAUGACUGGAGUGACGAGCUGCCUCCCAUUCGACGCAGGCCUCCUGCAGAUUGGGGUUCCCGGCAGUCUGAUUUGCAUCCAUCUGGGCCAGUGUCGAUCGCCAGAGACGAAAUAAAGCCGGUGCCUAUCUGGCUGUGCGUGUUUCUGGUGGCUUCCUACAUCGUGGCGGGCACGUUCUUGUUCAAGCGGUGGGAAGGCUGGGCGUACCUGGACGCGGCUUACUUCUGCUUCAUCACGCUCACCACCAUCGGCUUCGGCGACUUUGUGCCUGCUCAGGGGCAGAGCGGCGAGGCGGCGGACGCGGUGCACUCAAUCGCGCUGUGCUCACUGUAUCUGCUGUUCGGCAUCGCGCUGUUGGCGAUGUCCUUCAACCUGGUGCAGGAGGAGGUGCGCGCGAACGUCGCCGCGCUCGCAACUCGCCUCGGCAUCAUCAAGCCGCGAGACAUUCACGACCUCGACUACUGA